AUGGUAUUGAAGUUACUAAAUAAUGCACAAACUGCUGUAAGUCAAAGAAGACAACCAGUUGUAUCUCGGGCUAAGAAUGGUGUUACUGCGCCUGCGAUGCCGAACAAGUGCCGUUCUCCUUUCCAAACCAAACUGAUGACCCCUCAUCUGAGUUCUCAGCCGGACUCACACUGUGCACGAGAGGGCCAAGAGGAAAACAAAUUACUCUCCCGAUCACAUGACUCAUGUCCCAGAGAACUGCACGAAAAGCAUGACUUUCGAGAACAAUUGUCGUGGGCAGAGGUGCCGUAA